AUUGAUUGCCCCGUAGACGACAUCUUGCAGCCACUCAUUGUGGCUACUACGCCUGCGCCGGCAUCGGUGACGUCGCAUCAUAGGCUUCCACCGGCGGGUAUAAGAAGCAGCAGCCUGGCGUUCGGAAUCAGUGGGCUCGGCAGCAGCACAUCGAACACAAUGGUCAACCCAUUCUGCUUUAUCGUGCAGGUUCUAGCUUCCUUGCUACAAAUGCAAGCACCGUGUGCCUGCGCAGAAGAAGGAAUUGCAAUGCAGCGCCUGGUCAUCGACGUAUCUGCACGAGACAUUGAUUGCCCCGUAGACGACAUCUUCCAGCCACUCAUUGUGGCUACUACGCCUGCGCCGGCAUCGGUGACGUCGCAUCAUAGGCUUCCACCGGCGGGUAUAAGAAGCAGCAGCCUGGCGUUCGGAGUCAGUGGGCUCGGCAGCAGCACAUCGGACACAAUGGUCCACCCAUUCUGCUUUAUCGUGCAGGUUCUAGCUUCCUUGCUACAAAUACAAGCACCGUGUGCCUGCGCAGAAGAAGGAAUUGCCAUGCAGCGCCUGGUCAUCGACGUAUCUGCACGAGACAUUGAUUGCCCCAUAGACGACAUCUUGCAGCCACUCAUUGUGGCUACUACGCCUGCGCCGGCAUCGGUGACGUCGCAUCAUAGGCUUCCACCGGCGGGUAUAAGAAGCAGCAGCCUGGCGUUCGGAAUCAGUGGGCUCGGCAGCAGCACAUCGAACACAAUGGUCAACCCAUUCUGCUUUAUCGUGCAGGUUCUAGCUUCCUUGCUACAAAUGCAAGCACCGUGUGCCUGCGCAGAAGAAGGAAUUGCAAUGCAGCGCCUGGUCAUCGACGUAUCUGCACGAGACAUUGAUUGCCCCGUAGACGACAUCUUCCAGCCACUCAUUGUGGCUACUACGCCUGCGCCGGCAUCGGUGACGUCGCAUCAUAGGCUUCCACCGGCGGGUAUAAGAAGCAGCAGCCUGGCGUUCGGAAUCAGUGGGCUCGGCAGCAGCACAUCGAACACAAUGGUCAACCCAUUCUGCUUUAUCGUGCAGGUUCUAGCUUCCUUGCUACAAAUGCAAGCACCGUGUGCCUGCGCAGAAGAAGGAAUUGCAAUGCAGCGCCUGGUCAUCGACGUAUCUGCACGAGACAUUGAUUGCCCCGUAGACGACAUCUUCCAGCCACUCAUUGUGGCUACUACGCCUGCGCCGGCAUCGGUGACGUCGCAUCAUAGGCUUCCACCGGCGGGUAUAAGAAGCAGCAGCCUGGCGUUCGGAAUCAGUGGGCUCGGCAGCAGCACAUCGGACACAAUGGUCAACCCAUUCUGCUUUAUCGUGCAGCCGCCGGUGUUAGAACUUCCACCUGUUGUUACGGGGACAGAGUUCCGGCGACCAUCAGCAGCGUCUGCUUGGAGUUGGAAGCAGGUUGACCAUCGGAGAGUGUCCGGCAGGGAAGACGAGCUUACGUUGCGCAGGUGUCUGUGCAACUGAUGUAUAUUCCCGGUGCUCUUAUGGUUGCCUAGUCCAUGGAUGGCAGCAAUGGAGACGGCUUCCUCUUAAGGUCUGAACGUGAACACCGUGAAGGCAACACGGGACGCAAAUGAGACGGAACAAGCGCCGUCAUUCAUCUUUCGAUGCUUUCAUCUACAGCUUGUUUUACUAAACCAAUGGUCUGCGGUGUAAAGUAUAAGU